CAUACUUUUCUUUUAGCUAUCUUUCUCGAUCAUGGAGCUUAACGCUAGCCUGCCUGCACACCAGGGGCCACGGGCGCUCGCUCGGGCUCGAGCAGCGCAUAUACUCUCGCAGAAGUUCGCGAACAGAGACCGCGUGAAGGCCAAAUUGCUCGAGGACAAGGAAAUAUCUCGCUCCCAAGCUAGGGCUGGACGCCAGGCAACACAACGGCGCUGGAAACUUAAGACACGACAUUCGCCCUUUCUUGUCGAUUUGGUGGCAGAGAAUGAACGUCUUGACGAAGAGAAUAAGGUACGGCUUGCUGCUGAAGCGCAUCAACUGAGACUUGUAGAAAAGCAAAGAGUGACUCUCAAGCAUAAGGUUCUAGUGCGUGCACUGCGAGAAGAGUCUGAUCUCGAUGCGCUACGCCGCGAAAAGCGCGCAAUCGUUGAUGAAGAGCGUCGCUUGAAGGCUCUUCUCGACCUUGAGAAAACGCAAACUCGCAGUAGGCUUGACAUGCGAGCUGCCCAGCGGGCAGAACGACAGCGUUGUACAGCAACGAACGACCUACGCCGUCGGAGCAACAUUAAUCGGCUCCAAAAACAGCAACUUUUGAACCUUGCAUUGCUUCGUGCAACCACCGAUGAUGCUCCUGAUAAAUUCGAUUUUACUUUCUAGACGGCACCCUGAUACUCGUCGGAAUUGAAUCAAACCACACUCGUCUGGGCGGAUUCUCCACAGGGGGAAUUUGCUACUGUCAAAUAGAGAGGGACUUUUUUGUCCCUUAAGUUACAUGGUACUAGUAGCAUGCCAGAGUGACGAAAAUAUGAGCCAUGACCGUCAUUUUCGACUUGGAUAUGAAGUUGAGACUGCUAUUGCCAGCACGAAGCCUAGGGUGCAAUUUACGCACUUGCGUUCUUUUUACGUGAGAAAGCGGCCCACCGUAAAUUACGCCGUGUUUUAAUCGUAAUUUAUGCGUGCUCUUGUUUAGUAAAACCCGCAGAUAUAUAGCUAGAGUCUCUAAAAUGGACUUGUUGUAGCCACGCAGAUUGCCAAAAGCAGCCUGAGCACGAGCGUGAUCUGCGUUCCGUGUAACUAUGCUGCGCGCCCCACGCACGCGGUAUAAGACGCCAGUACUACUCUCGGGCUGCCGGGCACCGCCUUCAGCGCCGAGUCGUCGACGAGGUAGCGACCUCAGGCUCCGAGUCGGUACUUUGUCCGAGUCUAGCGGCCCGGGGCCACCACUGGCAGGGGACUGG